UCUUUACAUCUUAUAGGCCAGAGCAGAGAAUUAGCGCUUAUAAUUGGAAUUAGGGCAGUCACAUCGUAGUAACAUCAUGAGUAGCAGUCUGCCUAUAUAAAGCGCGCGAGAAGCAGUCGUUUUGACGAAACCAUCCUAACCAUAGAUCCUCGUCUCCUGCUACAACGGUUUAUGAAACAGAAUCAGACCGCAAUCAUGUCGAUUCAAAUACCAACGAGUCCUUCUGCACCAAAGAUACCUGACGAGAAAGAAAUCGAGACCAGACUUUUCAUCAACGGCGAAUUCGUCCCGUCAUCUGAUAACAAGAAGUUUGAUGUCUACUCCCCCUAUGACCACAACCGUGUAGCCUCAGUCUACGAAGCCACAGUUGAAGACACGAACAAAGCCGUCGCCGCUGCCAAAGCCGCGUUCCCAACAUGGUCUACCCUCGAGCCCAAGGAGCGCGGCAUCUACCUCAAGAAGCUAUCCGAGCUCAUCCUGGCCAAUGUACAGGAUCUUUCUGUCUUGGAUUCUAGUGUUAUGGGACGUCCUAUCUCCAGCUUCUUUGACCCAUACUUGGCCGCUGAGCAAUUCGCGCACUACGCUGAAGCUGGCUGGGAAGCUAAGGGAACAACUUCAUUGAACACAAAAGGUUUUCUUAAUAUGACCCUGCGGCAGCCAAUCGGUGUCGUUGCCGCCAUUAUCCCUUGGAACGUACCGCUCGUUCUUCUUGCGCAUAAGCUUGCUCCAUCGCUCGCAGCUGGGUGCACAGUUGUGCUUAAAUCAAGCGAGAAAGCUCCGUUGUCUUCCCUCAAGUUCGCCCACCUCGUUAAGGAGGCCGGCUUCCCUAAAGGUACGGUCAAUAUCAUAUCGGGAUACGGUAAGCCAGCUGGUUCUACCCUGGCUUUACAUCCAGAUGUGCGCCUUAUCAACUUUACAGGAAGCAGUGCAACAGGCAAACUAAUCACCGAGAUGGCUGCAAAGUCAAACCUUAAGCGCGUGGUUCUCGAGCUUGGUGGGAAAUCACCUACCAUUGUUUUUGACGAUGCGGACAUUGAAAAGGCUGCUAUUGAGACGGCCUUUAGUAUCCGUUUUGUUUCAGGCCAGGCAUGCAUCGCAAAUUCACGAAUUUACGUUCAGGAAGGCGUAGCUCCCAAGUUCAAGAAGGCGUUUGCUUCAGCGUUUGCUCAGUUCAAAGCAGGAGACCCUUUGGAUCCUUCGACAACACACGGACCUCAGGCAGAUAAGAUCCAAUUCGAGCGCGUGAAGGAGUAUUUGAAGCUUGCUAGGGAAGGACAGGGCAAGAUAGAGAUGGGUGGGGAUAUCUUGAAACUGGAAGGCGGAAAUGGCUUUUUCAUUUCACCUACUAUCAUUACCGAUCAGCCCGAAGAUGCUCGCGGCAUGAAAGAGGAGAUUUUUGGUCCUGUAGUGGGCAUUAAUACCUUUAAAACAGAGCGCGAGGCCAUAGCAAAGGCUGUCGACAGCGAGUACGGUCUAUACAGUGCAGUCUAUAGCAAGAACAUCGACCGUGCUCUAAGGGUUGCUAAGGCGAUGGAGGCUGGUACAGUGGGCGUGAAUUGCACUAGCCCUUCAAUUGCAAAUGAUAUGCCCUUCGGUGGGUACAAGGGUUCAGGUGUGGGCAGAGAAGGCUUUGGAUACAGCAUUGACAAUUAUCUUGAGACAAAGUCUGUAUUGAUCAAGCUGGAGGAGGCAAAUGAAUAGACGUAGUCCUCGGAGCGGGUGACAUGCUAAGUAAACGCCUUAUGGAUCUGAUAUCUGGAAAACAAGCACCAGCGACCGCAAAAAUAUCUCCUUGUGUGAGGUGAUAGUAAAAGAAUGAAGAGACUCAAGAGCUCUGUUCGGCAAUCCUGGGGUAUAAUUUCGUGCCGCCGCAAAUCAAGCGCACGUUAGAAACAAAAGUCUAUAAGACGAUUGAAUUUGUUUUUCAGUCAAAAAC